AUGUUUUCAAAGGACGCAUUGUUAAGCUCCUUGUUAGAGGAGUGUCAUGACACCCUUACAAGGCUCAGGAGUGCAUCAUCCUUGGAAGCUGUGUUGGAAAAGCUCGAUCACCUGAUAGAAAAGCUAUUCACAGCAAAAUCACGAAUAUCCUGUCAUUUUGACCGCCAAUUACUAAUAGAAAGUUCAAGAGUUGGGUGUGAUUUUGGAAUACAUGAAGACAGAUCCGUGGAUAAUAAAAAAAAACUUAGACUCCUCUGUCUAAAUUUUAUACGUACCCUUGCUGAUAUCGGUCACAAGAAGGGCAUCGUAGGGCAUAUUAUACCCAGGCUUUUUACCGUCCUACGAUUGGAAGUUACGUUGCUGGAAGCAGCUCAAAAUGGUAGCUGUCAGCUGAAAAGCGGGUCACCACCGUUCCCGGUGGCCCUGUUGGAAUACGUAAUUGGCAUCGUGUUAUACUCUGAUCGCUGCGAUGGUGAUUUUGUCGAUAGUAUAAUCCGUGACUAUCUUGUCACCACCUCCGACUGGGUAUACCACACGUAUAUCGCGCUCACAAACAUGCUGGAGAACUUGGAUACUUCGGAGCUGUGUAUAUAUAAGAAUCCUAACGUAUCCGUGCCGGUUGUUUUUGAACGCUUCAUGUUGGUCGUGCUGAGUUUACCAAAACCACAGCUUGCUUGCCACAUAAAAAGGGCAAGAGUCGCGGAUAAAAUUAAUGAUGAUAAUAUCGCAAAUUCCAAGGUGCUAGAGGACUCUGAUUCGGGCUCACAGCUCGAUUACAGUGAUCAGUCAGUUUAUGACGACCAUGAAUCUGGUUAUGACAGUAUGACCGAGAGCGAAAGUGUGGAGGAUGCAAUGGAGCAAAAGACACAAACAUAUGACUCUGCUAAGGCAUAUGCCUCUUUGUGGCAGAGUAUCCUAUUCUCUCCAUUGCCUUUGCCGGAGUGUUUGCUACCGGCCAUUCUAAAUCGCAUGCCCUCUGAUAUAUUGCCGUAUGAGAAAAAUCCCCUGAUCUAUUCCAACUGGCUAAUGGCGCACCUAAACGGUAAGGACAGUAUUUUGAGUAUGCUGAGUCUUAAAAGUAUUUUUGAACUCAUAUUGAAAUACGGUUUUGGCGAGCUAGAAGAAAGACGCAAUGACGUGGGUGGAAAACAGUACUUCUCAACUUUCUACGAAAGGAUAUAUGUAUACAUAUCUGAUGACAUCUUAGAGUCAAACUUUGGAACCGAGUUUCUUAAGCUCUUGAGCGUAGCGGUUCAAAGCGUAAAGUUGCCGUCGCAACUAAUGGGAAUGUUUAUCAAGAAACUCGUUCGUACGGCCUGUUUUACCACGUGCGUGAAUUCCACUACCUUGCUAAUUAUUGCUAUCAACCUCCUCAAACUUCACAGUCACACUUGCCUAAGUUUAGUCCAUCGGGACAAUGUGAGGGAUACAAAACGAAAGUGUGAUUCAAUUAGCAUGGAAAACCCACCACUGUCUCGUAAUAAUGGAGCUCCAAAUGGUGAGAAUGAGUUGUACAUUUGGGAAAUUCCGCUACUUUUGAAUCAUUUUAACGAGCGAACAGCGACUAUUGCCGGUACAUUUUACUCAGACCUCAAGAAAAAAAGAGGUACGCUGCUGAAAGCUGAAGACAUCAUAGGGUGUGAUAGCAGAGAACAUCUGAGGCAAGAAAUUACAAGGACGCGCAGAGAAGACGGAAACGCGUUCCGUAAAACGCUGCAAAAAACAACACUGUUGGCAACACAAAUUUUUGCAUGA